AUGGGCCAAUUCACCAGUUUCCAUAGAAAAGAACACAAAGGCACAACAACUUCUCAAGCUACCGAGAAUGAUGCAGCUCCUGUAGUACGACCACGAUAUGAACACUUUCUGAGCAAGUAUGCCGAACUAAUGAAAAGUAGAGGCCUCCUUCCCGAAGUUUUCUUAGUACACCAAGCGCCCAGUUCUCAAUAUAUUGAUGAGGAUGGUGACGUCGCACAUGAGUUUUACGCCGAACAUCAAUCUCAAGAUGGCCAAGUGCGGCGACUUUACAGAGUUGUGAAUAAUUUGCGACCAAAGGGCUAUGAACGGUACGCGAUUCCUCGACUGAGUCCAGAUGUGCCCGUUGUGAUGUGGGAGGUGGAACAACAAAGUUGA